CUGACGCGCGCCGGGGAUCCGGGCGCGAUGGCGGCGCUGGGCGGGGAUGCGCUGCGCCUGCUGUCGGUGUCGCGGCCGGAGCGGCAGCCCGAGUCGACGGCGCUGGGCGGCCCGGGCCCCGGGCUGUGCUGCUGGGUGUCCGUGUUCUCCUGCCUCAGCCUCGCCUGCUCCUACGUGGGCAGCCUCUACGUCUGGAAGAGCGAGCUGCCCAGGGACCACCCUGCCGUCAUCAAGCGGCGCUUCACCAGUGUCCUGGUGGUGUCCAGCCUCUCGCCCCUCUGCGUGCUGCUCUGGAGGGAGCUCACAGGCAUCCAGCCAGGCACAUCCCUACUUUCCCUGAUGGGCUUCAGGCUGGAGGGCAUUUUCCCGGCAGCACUGCUGCCCCUGCUGCUGACCAUGAUCCUUUUCCUGGGCCCACUGAUGCAGCUCUCUAUGGAUUGCCCCUGUGACCUGACGGAUGGGUUGAAGGUGGUUUUAGCCCCUCGCUCCUGGGCUCGCUGCCUCACAGACAUGCGUUGGCUGCGGAACCAAGUGAUCGCACCCCUGACAGAGGAGCUGGUGUUCCGGGCCUGCAUGCUGCCCAUGUUAGCGCCGUGCACGGGCCUGGGCCCUGCCGUGUUCACCUGCCCGCUCUUCUUUGGAGUUGCCCAUUUCCACCACAUUUUUGAGCAGCUUCGUUUCCGCCAGAACAGCGUAGGGAGUAUCUUCUUGUCUGCAGCGUUCCAGUUCUCCUACACAGCCGUCUUCGGUGCCUACACUGCUUUCCUCUUCAUCCGCACAGGACACCUGAUCGGGCCGGUUCUCUGUCACUCCUUCUGCAAUUACAUGGGCUUCCCCGCCGUCUGUGCGGCCCUGGAGCACCCGCAGAGGCGGCCUCUGCUGGCCGGCUAUGCCCUGGGCGUGGGGCUCUUCCUGCUGCUGCUCCGGCCGCUCACGGACCCCAAGCUGUAUGGCAGCCUCCCCCUCUGCGUGCUCUUGGGGCGGGCCGGAGGCUCCGAGGCCCCUCUCUGCUCCUGACCCGCGCGCCUGCGCGCUUCCACGAACUCUUCAUGGGCUCCCCCGCCCCCGCCCCGGCAAGGGCCACUGCCGGGGAGGAGCUGGCCGGGGCCCCCGAGCUCUCAGGGAUUUUUUUAGGGGAUUGAAGCCAGAGCUAGUGGACUCGCAGGGACCAAGAGAGAGGAGCAGACACCCGAAGGGCGCAGCCCCUCUUGGAAGGAGGGUUGAGGCGCAGCUGGAGGUGAGGGGACGGGCAGGCCCCAGGAGCCGCGCACGCCUGUGCACUCGUGGGACUGCUGCCUCUCCAGCCCCCGUGCCGCCUCUGCUCUGACAAGCUGCUCGGGGACGGAACUGACGAAAGGCCCUCCCCCGGUCUCCCAGGGUUUUGUCACUGUCUUUUUGCAUUAGGACUUUGUAUCGGGAUAUUAAAGAGAUUUAACUUGGGUAACACGGCCUGGACCUGUGAGGAUCGGUCUCUCUGGGCCUUGGGGGUGUGCCCGCCGCCCGGACCCUGACCUCUGGUGCGUCGGCCUGCUUGGCCCUGGCGUAGGAAACAGGGUGGCGCCCUCAGGCUGUCUUGGGCCUGAGCCGCACCCCGAGUUUCACACGGGUGGGCCUCCGCCGGCUGGGGCCAGCCCACCCCCGGGGAGGGAGC